AUGAAUUCGAAAAUUCCGUUAUCAUUAAAUGUGAUUUUGGAAGAUGUUUACCCAUCUCGUGGGGUGAGAAUGGUACGUACGUAUGUUAGGAAGAGCGCCCGUGCUACCAAAUACUCCAAAAGCGAUUUAAAGACAGCUGUAGAGAAGAUAGUCGCAGGUACAUUAACAUAUACCGCUGCAUCAACGAUGUAUAACAUUCCUAGGCCAACUUUGUAUGCACAUUCCAAAGGAUCACGAGGUAUGAAAUCAAAUUCAAUGGGAAGGGCUACUGUCUUAUCACCUGAUAUUGAACAUCGUUUAUCCGAAUCAUUAAAGAUUAUGGAAAAGUAUGGUUAUGGCUUAAGUCGUCGUGAAGUAUUAGAUUUAGUUGGAGAUUUUUUAAAAACUAAUAAAAUUAAGAACUCAUUUAGCAAGGGGAUUCCCGGUGAAGAUUGGUGGUUAGGGUUUGCAAGAAGAAAUAACUUAAGUAUCAAGAAACCACAAAUCGUUGAAUACUCUAGAAAAAAAGUCUGUGAUCCAUUUAUUAUAUAUAACUACUUUGACAUUUUGCAUAAAACUAUAAAAGAGUUGAAUUUAGAAAAUAAACCUGAUCGAAUAUGGAAUUUAGACGAGACUUCGUUUUGUCUCGAUCCAUCGAAAACCAAAUGUGUUGGUGCAAAAGGAGUAGCAUGUACUAGAACCACUUUUGGCAGUGGUAGAGAAAAUACUUCAGUAUUAAUGGCAUGUAGUGCUGCAGGUGAUAAAGGACCACCAUUGAUUAUCUUCAAAGGUAAAAAUAUAUGGGAUAAAUGGAUUGGUAGUGAAUCUCUGUUUCCUGGUACAAUUUAUGCUGCUACAAAUAAUGGGUGGAUGGAGAAAGAAGUCUUUGUUAAUUAUUUUCAUAAAAGUUUUAUAAAAACUACUAACCCAAGUCCACAAAAUCCAAUUCUGUUAAUUUAUGAUGGACUCUCUUCACAUAUAAACAUACAAUUAGUAGAAAUAGCAAGAGCAAAUAAUGUCACUAUAUUAUUACUUCCUCCUCACUCAAGUCAUUUGCUUCAACCCAUGGAUUUGUCUGUAUUUAAAUCUAUUAAAACUUCAUAUGGAUUAGAACAUGGAUUAGAAAUCAUAAACAUCAAAAACUACCUCGACAAGAACUAA